AUGUUUGAGUUUCAACAGAAAUCCCAGGCACGUAUUGCCAUAGUCGGUGGCGGGGUAUCUGGGAUUGCAUGCGCUUGGGGACUACGACAUACGGAUCAUGAAGUGCAUCUAUAUGAAGCUGAUACACAGAUUGGCGGCCAUGCACACUCUUUCACAUUUGAGAAGAAUGGGAAUAAGGUCACCGUGGACACAGGCUUUAUUGUGAUGCAGGAGGAUAUGUAUCCAACUCUCACUACCUUCCUGAAAGAGUUGAAUGUCGCGACGAUAGCAACAGACAUGUCAACCAGCGUUUCGGAAGAAGAUGGACCCGUGGCAUGGGGCAGCACAUCUAUCUGGAAUUUUAUUGGCAGCUGGUCUCGACUAUGUAGCCCAUGGUUCUGGCGGCUGAUGUUUGAUAUCCUUAGGUUCAACUUCUUUGCGACAGAUAUAUUUGCUGAAAAAUCCAACAAAUCUCGACUCGAUGAACCUGACAAAAAUGAGAAGCUAGAGUCCAUCGGGGAAUACUUGGAUCGCCACGGAUAUUCAGAGCAAUUCAAGCGAUACUACCUGAUAGCUGAUGUCGCUGCUAUCUGGUGCAUGUCGACCGCAGAUGUGUUCGAGGAUUACCCUGCGGAAGCCCUAAUUCACUUCAUGUCAACCCACCGACUUCUGAAUACAGUUACGGAGAGCCUAAAAUGGGGAACUGUAAAGAAUGGCUCAAAAUCAUACGUGGAUGCCUUCUUACAAACUAUGCCCGAGAAGCACCACUGUCACCUGGAAACAAAAAUCCGCCGUGUACAACGUGAACCCGAUAACUCAGUGUCUAUUGUCUUCAUGGACGGCUCUGUUGAGAACUUCGAUCAUUUGGUCUUCGCUGUACAUGCCAAUCAAGCACUGAAUUUGUUGGGAGAACAGGCAACUGCUCUUGAAAAAGAGAUACUUGGUGCUUUUCGUACAAGCAAAAAUGACAUCGUGUUGCAUCUUGAUCCCACAGUCCUACCGGCCUCUAAAUCGGCUCACGCGGCUUGGAAUUGCGUAAUACCAAGCACGCAAGACAACCAGUCGCGCGAAAACUACUCUAGACGACAAAUCUGCGUACACAACGACAUGAACCGAUUGCAAUCAAUCCCUUGGCCCGGACAACCUAACAGUCCCGGUCGUGUCUUGGUUACUUUGAACCCUCUUCGGCGCCCCGAUUCAAUCCAGUGCCAGCGGACCUAUUACCUUCCUAUCAUAUCCUCCGCAAGUGUCAAGGCAGCACGCAAGCUGCAUCUACUCAAUGAGGCAGACAAUAUCAGCUUUGCGGGUGCUUGGAUGGGUUACGCGUUCCAUGAAGAUGGUUUCAGUGCUGGAUUGGCAGUCGCAAAGAAGAUACUUACAGGCACUUACGAAAAUCCAACGCGGUUUAGGUAUGGAGAAGAUCUCAAAGAGUCGACACAACCGCUGUCUUUGAAGAUUAGACUGCUUCGACUUGCCAUUGGCACUGUACAAUUUGGGAUUGCGAGCAUGGAGUGGUUACAUCGUGGGCGGAUUUCCAAGAAAUUGGACUGA